UGUUCUUAUCUUUGUGCGAUUUUUUUCUUUUUCGUUAAUAUGAUUGAGGUUAAAUUACCUGCGAUUGAGGGCAAUGCGGUAGUGGAGGAAUUUCUUAACCGAUCAGUAAGGCUUUUUUCUAAAAAUGGAUUGUCUACGUAUGAAACGGUGAGGGCCCUCAAACAGGCCGGGAUUGCUCCAGAGGAUAUUCAACGAAUAAACAAAGGUCAAUCUUAUCAGUCGGUUGAGGUGAUGUUUAAAUUUCGCGACUGUUUAAGAAAGUUGUCGGACUUGAAAGGACUUCUAGAUGUGGGAGGAAAAACGGUGGAAGUAUCGAGUUUGGGAUUGAAAAAAGUAAUGCUGAAAAUCCACUGGCUGCCUGUGUAUUUUAAUACCGGUAAGCUCAGCGAGAUUUUCUCGAAAUUUGGGAAAGUACUAAGAGUGACAGAUGAACAUUUUGAUUUCGAUGGUGUUCCGAUUGCAACUGGAGUCCGUCGCGUUUUCAUCGAUAUGGAGGAGGAGAAAUUGAGUUGCUUACCACAUUUACUUAAUUUUGCCUGUGGUGCAAAGGCACUUAUAACAAUGUAUGGGCGUCCCCCCCUGUGUCUGCGUUGCCGUAAUGUUGGGCACGUCAGGAAGGAAUGCCCAGAACAAAUUUCUGGCGCCCGUCAUCAAAAUGUUGUGGAAAAGCAACCUUUGCUUGCGGAUUCGUCAAAAGAUGCGCAGCAGGGAACAGUGAAGACGGUGACAUCUGCUACUCAACCGGCAGCGCCAAAAUCUGUGCAGCCGGAAGGCCACAGAUAGGUAAGUCGGCAAUGCCAAACUCGGCACAGCCGAACAAACCAAAGCCUAAGUCCUCUUCACAGAGGAAAAAACUAAUGGAAAAAGAUUCACAACCGGCAGAGCCACAAACGGCACAGCCAGUGAAGAAUCUUUCGUCCCAGGUGAAGCGAAUGGAGAGAGAUGGACAGGAGUCAGAGGAGGAAGGACAUAUGGAAACGGACAUAAGAGGUGAAAGGCGAAACAGGGCGGAAGAUGAAGACCCGUCACAAAUGCCCAGAAACAAGUACCGGAAGUCACCGGUCACGCCUUCUUCGCCAGAACACACUGACUUAUCUGGUAUGUUAGCUGGUGAUAGCUUUAUGGACUCUUUGUUGGAGACUAUGUCUCCGCACACAGAGCCCAUGUAGAUUGUGUAAUGUGUAUAUAUAUGUUUUAAAAAUACAUAAAACAAAAAUGAAAAUAAAAAGUAAAAAAUUUA